GGCUCACGGCCGACGCCCUCACCGCCUACGCCGAGGUCCCCGGCGGCGAGGACCCCUCCGGCGGCGGCGCCGCCCCGCGCCCGACGGCCGAGCUGCCGCUGGUGCGCGUCGCGGCCGUUCUGGGCACGGCCGAGGGCAGCCGCGCGGUGAAGCUCGUCUGCCAGGGGGGCGCGUGGUGGGAGCUGCGCGGGGAGCCCGCGGAGGUGGCGCCCUGGGCGUCGGAGGUCCACGCUCGCUUCCGCCAGUUCCGCUUCGCGGCCCAGAGCAUGCGGACGAGCGUGGCCAUGGACGAGCAGCUGUCGAAGGCCCUGGCCAGGAGCAGGAGGCGGCGGCUGAAGAGCUCCGUGAGGAGGACCCUGCCGUGCUGCGCGUGCAUAUUGAGAGACCCGCCCCGCGGCAGCCACGACUUCUCGACGGCGGUGAACGCGCGCCAGUCGAUCUUCAGAGGGCCGAGGACGAAGUUCGAUGGCGGGAUGGCAGAUCCCAAGCUGCUGGAGGGCAUCACGGACCCAGAUCUGCAGGAGGUCCAGGUGCUCCAUUGGUCAAGCCAAGCGGUGCAGUUCCUGCGGCGCUGCGAGAGGAUCCCGAAGGAGCUGUCCGAAGACUUCGCCCAGUCCAUGCGCAAAGGCGUGCCGGACGGCCUCAAGCGGCUCAUCUGGCCGCUGGCGGCGGGGACGACCGUCGAGUGCUCGCGAGGGAGGGUCGAUCUCCGCGAGGCCUACUCCGGCAACCUGGAGCGGACCUUCGGGAGCCUGGUGCCCGCCGCGCUGGAGGACCCGGUGCCGACGUUCUGCCAGGGCAUCCAGGGGCUGGAGGGCACGCCGGUGCUGCGGGACGCGGUGCCCUACCUGUGGCUGCUGAGCCCGGAGGGGGAGCAGGCCCUGCGGCGGCUGCUGUGGUGCACGCAGCUGACCACCAGCUCCGUGAGGCUGUGCCCCUUCCUGCCCUGCCUGCUCGCCGCGCUCCUGGCGUUCUUCAGCGAGGAGGAGGCGAUGCACAUCGUCGAGACGGUCAUCGACGCGGCCGAGGGCGAGGCAGACCCCGAGAGGUCCAGCAACCCCCGGAUCGUCCUGACCGUGGAGGUGCUCAACAAGCAGGCCAAGCUGUUCGUCCGAGAGGGCCGCCGCGCGGGGAACGCCCCGGAAGCGCUGGGGCACCUCGAGGGCCUCGGCGUGGACCUGCACGCGGCGGCGGCCCAGCUGCUGCAGGACGGGCUGGCGCACGCGCUGCCCUUCCGAUGCUUCUGCCGCCUGGUCGGCUGCUUCCUGGCGGAGGGCAGCCAGGCCAUCCUCCGCUUCGGCCUGGCGCUCCUGAAGCUGCAGACGCCGGCGAUCCUGGCCUGCGGGACGCGGGAGGAGGCGGCCGAACGGCUGCGGCAGUUCGGCGGCGGCCCCAGGGAGGGAGGCAGCCUCGAGGACGUCGACUCGCUCGCAAAGGCCGCGUUCUCGAUCCAGCUGCGCGACAUGGGGAUGGCCAAGGUCUCCUCGGCCGAGGGCUCCCUGUUCGUGAGGGCGGCGGAGGGCGAGCUGCGCAUCUUCUGCCGCCCCAGGCUGCACGCGCCGCGGGGCAACUGCCCCGACGAGCUCUGGGCGUACCUGUGGCCCUUCGUGCCUGCGAGGUACAGAAUUCUCGACCCGCAGCUCGUGUAUCUGCCGUCGAUGCACGGCACGUCUCUUCGGACCUGCUUGGAGCUCUGUAAGGCCCACAUCGACCACCCGAUGGUUUUCUUCCUGUACACGCCGAGGGGUGAUAUUAUCGGCGGCUUCUCGCCCCUCAUAUGGCGGAAAACCAACGGAUACUUGGCGCUGCGGGAGGUCGUUUGCGCGGUGGACGACGCGUUCGCCUUCCAGCUCCCGGCGGGAUCAAAGGCCCCUCGGAUAUUCCACUGGACGGGCAGCAACGAGCUGCUGCUGCAGGCGUCCGAGACCUCCGGGCUGCACUUCGGCGGCGACGGCCCCGCGGUCUUCGUCCGGCCGUGCCUCACGCGCGCGCAGACCAGCGCCUCCAGAUCGUUCGACUCGCCCCCGCUGACCGCGCCAGCGGACGACGCCGUGGCCUCGGAGGUGGACGGCCCGUGCGCAGAGGACGACCGGCCAUCUGGCGAGUAUGUGGACUUCGAGCUGGCCAGGCUCGAGAUCUUCGCGCUGGCCUGACGCCACACCCAGGGCGCUCCGUAUCUCUGCUGUGCCGUGCCGCAGGG